GACAGGCGUGGAUAUUUACAUUAGAGAGCUGAAAGAGCUCCAGAAGGCAUCGACACCACCAGAACUUACCAUUAGGAUUGAAACAACAGCAGAUGUUUGUGCUCUGAGAUGCAGUUUCAUUGAGAGCCCUUGUCUGUUCAGUGUUUUGUUCCUGUGGGACUUACAGAGGGGAAACCUGCACAGCUCUUAGGAGAAACAUGAUAUGUAAGGACAGGUUGUUAAGAGCAACACCUGAGCUCAGGUUAUCAGAGACAUAAACACAUUUAACUAUGGGACACUGGGUCAGCACUCAUUUAGGGAGCUUUACUGAAGAACAUGUUUUAAACAGUAUUACAUUGAGACUGGACCAGCACAUUAUUGCCCUGAUCUAGAGCCAGUCUUACACAUGGAUCAAGAGGAGAAGAAGUGGACUAUGCAGUCUGGAUCAGAACAAGAAGACUCGUUUGACUUCCUCUUUAAGAUUAUUCUCAUUGGAGAUUCUAACGUGGGGAAAACCUGUGUGGUCCAGAGCUUCAAGACUGGAAUAUUUUCAGAGAGGCAGCAGAACACUAUUGGAGUUGACUUCACUGUCCGAACACUGAACAUUGAGGGCAAAAGAGUAAAGAUGCAGGUCUGGGACACGGCCGGACAGGAGCGUUUCCGCACCAUCACACAGAGUUACUAUCGUAGUGCACAUGGAGCCAUGAUCGCCUAUGACAUCACACGCAGAGCCACGUUUGAUUCGGUCCCGCGGUGGAUACAUGAGGUUAAUAAGUUUGGAGCCGCAAAUGUACUCCUUGCUCUAAUAGGUAACAAAUGUGACCUGGAGUCCAAGCGAGAUGUUGAUUUCGAGGAUGCAUGUAAACUAGCAGAAGAAAAAGGAAUGUUAGCAGCACUGGAAACCUCAGCAAAAAAGGCUCAGAGCAUACAGGACGUGUUUGUAAUGAUGGCGCGAGAACUGCUGCUACGACACGGAAUGAACAUGGAACAGGACGAUUUCUUUAACAACGACUCACAAGUCAUACUGCCAACCAACUCACAAGCCAUUCACAAUACUCCAUUUACACACAAGAAGAUGACCUGUGAAUGUUGAUGCACAAUAAACACGUGGCGUAACUUGGAUCUUACGGGCCCCAGUACAAAGAACCUGUCGGGCCCACUCCUAGGGGAGCCUGGGUUGUUUAUCGUCACCCGUCAUGGCCCACAGUCAUUUUUAUGGUUCCUUUUUGGUUGACUGUUGCGGGCGCUGCCCUCCCUGUAGUUACGCCCUAAAUAAACACACUAUAUGACAUAUGACCCAUCAGAGGACCUGGGACUGUGACUGUUUUACUACUUUACAGUGUUUUACUUGUUUGAUCUUUUGUAAGUUGCUUUGGAGAAAAUCAUGUUAGGUGAAUCAAUUCAAUCUUAAACCAUCUGGUGACAAGAACGUGUAUGUUAUAUAAAACAAGAAGAUGGGACAGACGCGUCAAUAUUCAUAUAAAGACUAUGUAUGCGUGAUCCCCUUCAUCUUCUUAAAUUCCUCUUUUCCAAAAGGAUUUGAAAGUUGAUUCCACUAACUGGUGGCACUUUCCACAAACUGAUAACAGUGUUUCAAGUCAUAUGGUUGCAAAUUUAGACUAAAUUAAGUUAUUAGUCUGUAAGGUUUUGCUAGUUUGGAACCAAAUGCUGGUUUAUAGUUAUUAAUAAAUAAUCCAGUUAUUAAUGGCUCAAUUUUACGGUUUAAUUAAUAAUAACAAUAAUAAUACAGUUCUGAUAAAUUAAACGAAAUAUUUGUUUGUUUGUUCUCAUAAUAACUAGGGCUGUAUGCUGAGCUUGACAAAAGUGGUCAAAACAAUAAUAUUAAUAAUGUAGAAAGUGGUUGUUAUUUCUUUGGUGUCACAAUUUUAAGCAAUGUUACAAAAAUUGUAAUAGGGGAAAUAUCAUAUGGCAAUGCACAAAAUGUGGGACACUGAUAUACAGUAUAUGACAUUUUUGGUAAUUAAAAUAGUUAUUAAAAUAGUUGUUUACUAUAAUGAAGAUCAUAGGUCAUAAAGACAUUACAGUAUGCCACCUAGAUUUUCUUGACUCUCACACACGUCCCUCAUCUGUGGGUGUCAUCUGCACAUGCACUGGCAACUGACUGUACUAAAGAAGUGUCACAAAGCAGUUGUAGUGCACAUGUGUCGAACGUGUUCCUAUUCGAUUGCGGAAGUUUACUCACAAAGGCAACGCAGUUGACCGGGUGCGAGGCGAUCCGGUACGCUCAACAACGCAGUAUACCCGGGCCUUUAGAUUUAAAUGACUA